AUGUUACUUCAAGUAGAUCAUCCUACAGAAGAAAUAGCGAGCGGCGCUCUUAAAGAAAGCAAGCGCCUGGAGCACAAAGGCAAGCUCCAAGAAGCCCUAGAUGCAAUUGAACGAGUUUCUUCUGAUGCCAUAAAUCUUUCAGUUCCAAGCUCUCUUGAUAUAACUGAACAAAUCGCUUCAUUAUGCAACAAGCUAGUUUCAGCUUCAGAUUCCCCAGUUUCUUACCUUCGUAGAGCUGAGCAAGUCUUAUCCAACUGAAUGGGUCUUUGCAAAAAGGAAAAUAUUUCAAUGAAUGAAAGCACAUUUCGCUUACUCCCCCCUCCGUGAGUGAACAAAAAAAUUUUGUACACUCAUGGAGGGGGGUUAAUUUUGUUUUUAAAAAAAUUUAUAUAUAAAAUUUUAUAGAAAAUUUUUUUUUUUCGAAACUUAAAAAAAAAUCCUAAUUUGCAAAAAUUGGAAAGCAAAUAUUGAUUUAAUUUAUUAAAUUUAUGUUUUAAAACGCAAUUUGUUUAAAAUUAAACAGAAUUAGCUCGAGAUUUCAUUAUACUAAUUAUCACUUAUAUAUCAAUUUCUUUUUUCAUAAAAAAAUUUUCUAUUAAAAAAAUUUUUGUUCGCUCACGGAGGGUGGGUUUUGGGCAAAAAAUAGCGAUUUUUCUAAUGGUUUUGUUCACUCACGGAGGGGGGGAGUUAGUUCUUUUGACUUUUAACAAUUGAGGCACAUAUCAUCAAGCAAUGAAAAACUAUCACAUGGCUUUGAAUUAUCUUAUGAGAGGGCUUAAAAUAAUUGAAGAGUUUCAUGCAAACCAACCUGAUUCAUUACAAUUUAUCGCGAAAACCAAACUCAACAUAAGUGCUCUAUAUUCAGAACUACGCCGCUAUAAAGAAGCAAUAGGCCAUGCAGAGCAGGCACUAGCAACUUUGCAAUUAGAAAAUAAGCAGAGAUUAGAUGGGAGACCGUUAUCUAUGCUAAGUACGAAAGAAAAAUACAAGGUAGAAACUAUGAUUACCACCUAUGUAAUAGCAUUUUACAAUAUUGGUGUUGCUGAAGAAUCCCUUGGCCAUAGAAAAGCUAUGAUUCAAGCCUACACAAAUGCUGUGAAUAUUGGAUCUCAAUUUUUAUCUGAUGAGAACCAUAUACUGGAAACUGCUAAAAGAGCUUUAGCAGAGUCACAGAUCAUUAGACCAGACUCACAAAGAAUGAAAGGAAUGAGACCUCUAUCAAGCAGAGAAUUCAUGACAGUCCUAGAAGAGCAAAAAAAAAGCUUAGAAGAGCCUUUUGAGUUUAAAACCAGUAUUCAGCCCGACUCUCAGCUAAAUACCGAACAAGACAAGCUCAAUACCCACAUUUCUCUGCCAAGCCUAAAUCUAUCUGCAGUCCCAAAAGAGCAAAAGCCAGAACGAUAUUAUUCCCCAGAAGAGCUUAAAAGGCUGCAAAAACGACUAACAGAAGACCCUACUAACCGAUUUGUAAGUGCAGACCAGUAUUUCUAUACAAAAAUAAGCAAAACUCUAAAUAUUGGCUCAGAUGUCAAACAUAUGAGGCCACUAUCUACCAGCGGGGCUAUGAAUUUGUGAGAAAAAGAAAAAGAAGACAAGCGAAAAAUUUCAGAUCUAAGGCUUAGAAAGCAUUUUCGGCACAUGAUCCCUCCACAAGGGAAUACUGAUGUAAUUGUGCACAGAAUAGCGAGGCUAAAAGCAGCAGACGAGGAAAACAUCAAAAGGCAGGAAAUUAAAAUGAAAUCGAAAAUGAAGACAAAAGUCUAUAAAAAUUUAUUGAAAAUGCUGAAUAGUAAUAAUACAAGUGCGGUCCCAGCUCAAAGACUGUUCUUUAAGCCCCCAGUUAUUACUAGCAAUCAAGCAUCCAAAGAUAAUUCUGUAAGAAUCGAUGAAAGUAUAGUUCAGCCUAAGAAAGGAACUAGCUUUAAGGUCGCUAACGAUGAAAUUGAGUCAAUCAUGGACAGAAUUCAUGAUGAAAUUAAAGCAAUUGAUAUUGAAAAAGGGAUAUCCAAAGAAAAAAUCAUUGAAAAAUUUGAGGAAAGUGCAUUCGAUUCAAGGCUUGCACAAUCUACAUUGAGGAAAAAGAUCGAAAAUGACUAUAUGCAAGACGUUUUAUUUGUAAAGUCUUCAUCAAGCCCAAUGAUACUAAGCAGUGAAAGGAUCGUAAAUUCAGUGAAGAGCUCAAUAAACAGGUUUAAUAAAUCUAAUAGACCUCAGACAGCUGCUUUUAGAAGACAUCAAAAAUUAGAAAAUGCUUAUGUUUAA